UCUAAUAUUUUACCAAUUGAUCAGCUUGUUCUCUGAAAACCCUAAAUUCUGAAUGCAAAUCCUAGGAGUGAAAACUCACAUAGAUGUGUGUUGAUGCUUUAGGUUAAAGAAAUUCCUCAUCUAUUUGGUUGUCCGAGUGUAAGAGAAGGGUUUGAUCUUUAGAGUGUUUGGUUUCUGGGUGGUAGAGAAAAGACAACUUUAAGGAGUUUGUAGCUGACAUUGUAAAACAAUCUGAGCUGACCACACAAGACUAGCUAUUGCUGUCCUGGUUACUUGCACAUAAAUCUCUACCGGAAAGCUGGGUGUUUUUGUUCAGAAUUCAGAUACUCAUUGCCAGUACUCACAGUUGACGAGCUGGGAUCUCUACUUGUCUCCUUUUAUAGUGAUAUUGAUGCUGGAGGCAGUAUGCCGGUGAUUGUUGGGAGAAAUGCAAAGGUAUUCUGCUGUCAGCUGCAGCGGUGGAGUUUCUAACAGUGUUGGUGGUGGACCAUCUUCUAGAGAUACCACAAGAGCUGAUUCAUUUGCUUUGUCAAGCUUCUCCCUGAAUCAAAGGAAGCAAUUGCAACUAACACCGUACAAGUUGAAGUGCGACAGUGAACCACUAAAUCACAGGCUUGGACCUCCCGACUUUUACCCACAAUCUCCAAACUGCCCCGAGGAGACAUUGACCAGGGAAUCUUUGCAACAUGGAUACAAGGAAACUGUUGAUGGACUUGAGGAAUCUAGAGAAAUUUCACUUACCCAGCUUGGAACUUUCACAAAACCUGUUGUGCUGAAAUGCAAAGAGGCUAUUCGUAAACGCUAUAGGGCUAUCAACGAAUCUCGUGCUCAAAAGCGCAAGGCAGGUCAGGUCUAUGGAGUGCCUCUUUCUGGUGCACUUCUAACUAAACCUUGUGUUUUUCCUGAGCAAAGGCCUUCCAGUGAAGAUUUCCGAAAAAAAUGGAUAGAGGGGUUGUCACAGCAGCAUAAACGGCUGCGUUCUUUGGCCGAUCAUGUGCCUCAUGGUUACCGGAGAAGAUCUCUCUUCGAAGUUCUUAUUAGUCAGAAUGUACCAUUGCUGAAAGCUACUUGGUUUAUUAAAAUAACUUAUCUUAACCAGGUUCGUCCAGGCUCAACUAGUGUUUCACCUGGUGCACCUGAUAAGACACAGUUAGCUCGCUCAGAGCUCUGGACGAAGGAUGUUAUUGAGUACUUGCAGCACCUUCUCGAUGAAAUUGGUACCAAAAAUAUUUCAUUUUCUUCUGCACAACGCAGGGACCAGUCCUCCCCCAACACACUUUUCUCUGGUUCUGUACAAAACAAAGGUGGUGAUUCAGCAUCAACGGCUCUUCCUGAUGGGGAGGCCCCCCCCAUUCAUUUCAAAUGGUGGUACAUGGUUCGCAUCUUACAAUCUCAUAAUGCAGAGCGUUUGCUGAUUCCUUCUCACAUCAUUGACUGGGUUCUCCUGCAGCUACAGGAAAAAGUGUCGCUUGACACGUUCCAGUUACUGUUGCCUAUUGUUUUUAGCAUAAUAGAGAGCAUUGCUCUAUCUCAAACAUAUGCACGCAGUCUCGUGGAGUUAGCCGUUCGUUACAUACCGGGGGAAUCUUUACCGGGGGAGUCUAACUUGGUUGAUGGUUCUCGGAAGGCUUACAUUUCUUGUGCUCUAGUUGAAAUGCUCCGUUAUCUGAUUGUCGCUGUGCCUGAUACAAUAGUUUCCUUGGAUUGCGUUCCAAUUCCACCUUGUGUAUAUUUAUCAGAUUCAGUGAAUUGUAGUAGACGCUUCUUUCCUAGUAAGGUCCCCGCUUCUAGAAAGUCCUUAUGUGGUGGCAAAGAAAGAGAUGCCCAUUCUCGGUUCUCGUCAGUAGACAACAUUCUUUCUUCCAUAAAAAAACGCGCCGACAAUCUUGCGAAGGCUGUAAGCCCUGGGGUCCAAGGUCAUGGUGUGGCUAAAGCUCUGCAAGCUUUGGAUAAAGCUUUAAUACUAGGAGAUGUGAGAGGAGCUUAUAAUGUUCUCUUUGUUGAGGAUUUAUUUGAUGGGAGUGAAGGAGUUGGUGAAGGAUGUGGCUGGAUUGCAGCGGUGAGUCCAUCAUUACGGUCAUCCUUGACGUGGUUUAGUUCAGUCAGCGCGUCAUUGAUUUGCUCUAUAUUUUUCCUUUGCGAGUGGGCUACUUGUGAUUUUAGGGAUUGUAGGACAAGUAGUGUUUCUCGUGACACGAAAUUAUCAGGCACACAUGAUUUCUCCCAAGUUUACUUGGCAGCCCUACUGUUGAAGAUGAAAAAUGACUAUAUAUGUAGCACAAGCAGCUUAUUUCGUUGCAAAACAACCAGUAGUUCUUUUGAAACUCGGAACAAUAAUAUUAAUAAUUAUAGUAAUAGUAAAGUUAACACCAAUAACAAUAGUAAUAAUUAUAGUAACAGCCUUGCUGAGGGUUCCAGACAUCUUGGUAAGGUUUCUGAUGGCACUGUUGUUGUAGAAGAUACGUUUUCCUCUGAGAAAAAGCCCAAGAAUUUUUAUGAAGGCAGUUCUACUGGCUCGUCAGAUUGUUUCCAAAGUCCUGGCCCUGUACAUGAUAUUCUUGUUUGCUGGAUAGAUCAACACUCAGUGGAAAAAAGCGAAGGUUGCAAGCGCCUUCAACUGCUCAUUGUGGAACUCAUUCUUUCAGGCAUCUUUCGUCCGCAGGCCUACGUAAGGCAGCUGUUAGUUAGCGGAAUUAUGAACAAGGGUGAAACACCGUUGGAUUCAGACAAGCAGAAACGUCACUACCAAGUGUUAAAGCAGCUUCCGGGGGAGUGUUUACGCGAAGCUUCUGAGGAGGCACAAGGUGCUUUUAUUCCAAUGUCCAUGGAGACGAUGUCAGUUUACUCGAGUGAGCGUCAUCUCAUACUUCAUGGAUUUCUUGGUGGUCAGUCUAAAAACAGAACGAGUACAGACUGUGUUUCCUCGACUGAGAAAGAUAAUCGUACUUCUCUUGAUUCCGGGAAGAGCGGUGAUUCGUCGUCCAGGAAUGUGAAAACAAAGGGUAACAUUACAGAACUGAAGACUGCUAUUAUAAAUUUCAUCCAUUUUCCAAAUCCCCAUUCCACAUUCAGUGAAAUUAAAGCAGAUGAAUCUCAAGGGUACCUUAAGAGGCCUUUCAAGUCAAUUGGUGACAAGGUUGAUAUAGCGGAAGGAACACCUGGUUGCGAGGACUGUAGGAGGGCAAAGAGGCAAAAGAUGAGCGCUGAAAGGAAUUCAUUCCCUCAGGCAUCUGCGUCUAUGAAUACUGCUUUAGAUGAUCUAGACAGUUGGUGGGUAAGGAAAGGACUUAAAUCUCCAGUGUUAGAGCCAUUGAAGGUGGACCCGCCGACUAAAAUGGCCAAACAUCCUUCUAGAGGUAGGCAGAAAAUUGUUCGUAAAACUCAAAGCUUAGCGCAGUUAGCAGCUGCUAGGAUUGAGGGUAGCCAGGGAGCAUCAACGAGCCACAUGUGUGGUACCAAAGUUACAUGUCCUCGUCACAGAACAGGUAUAGAAGGCGAAAUAUCUAAACAAACUGUUGUGAUCUCUACAGAUGGCUGCCUGACUGACCUUGUUAAUAUUGGAAAAGCUAUAAAACAUCUGCGGUUGCUUGAGAAGAGGACCAUUACUCUUUGGCUAAUAAACUAUGUCAAGCAGCUUUUCGAAGGGACAGAAACUGCUGGUCAUAGAACUGGCCAAAGCACUCUGUUAUCUCCAGUUGAGGACAGAAUUUCUAUGCCGUGGAAGCUUGGUGAGGAUGAGUUAUCGUCUAUGCUAUAUUUGCUGGAUAUUUCGUGUGAUUUGAUAUCUGGGGUGAAGUUUCUGCUAUGGCUUUUACCAAAGGUUCUCACUGGUGCAAAUUCCAUUGUCCAUGGGGGGAGGAACUCUACACUAAUGUCAAAGAAUAUUGAAAACCAGGCUUGUGAAGUAGGAGAGACAUUUUUCGUAUCUUCUAUCCGGAGGUAUGAGAAUGUACUUGUGGCAUCGGAUCUUGUUCCUGACGUUUUAUCUGCUACAAUGCUUCGGUUUGCGACCGGUACUGCUUCUAAUAGCAGAGAAGCUGGUGGUUCAGCAUUCAUUCAUUAUGCUAGAAACUUGUUAACAAAAUACAGAAACGUGGAUAGUGUGGCAAGAUGGGAGAAGCAUUUCAAGGCAACAUGCGAUCAUAAACUUCUUUCUGAACUUGAAUCUGGAAGAACACUUGAUGGUGACUUUGGAUAUUUACCUGCGACUCCCACUGGAGUUCAAGAUCCUGACGAUUACUUACGUCAAAAAUUGAGCGGCAGGUUAUCACGAGCAGGUCCAAAUAUGAAAGAGAUAGUGCAAAGACAAGUUGACGAAGCUGUGCAGUAUUUUAAUGGUAAAGAAAGGAAGCUUAUCAGUGCUGCUACUCCAAAAGGUUCUGGUGUAGAUAAACUGGAUGACGUGCACCAAAGAGCUCAGAAGAUAGUCAUGGGUCUCAUGGAGUGUAUUAGGCAGAAUAGUGGCCCAGCUCAGGAAGGGGAUCCAACUCUGGUUGCUUCUGCUGUUUCUGCAAUUGUUGGAAAUGUAGGUCCCGCUGUUGCUAAAAUGCCGGACUUCACAUCUACCACAAAUUACCCAAAGUUUCAAUCAGCCAUAAGUUCAUUAAAUUGUGCUCGAUGCAUUGUACACCUUCACAUAACCUGCCUUUGCAUACUUAAGGAAUCCCUUGGAGAGCGUCAAACCCGUGCUUUUGAGAUAGCUCUUGCAGUAGAAGCUUUUUCUGUUGUUACUGCUGCCUUUGCUCCCAUGAAGGCUCCUCGGAAUCAAUUUCAACUUUCCCCUGAUGUUCAUGAUUCCAAUACCAGCCCGUCAAAUGAUUCUCUGAACAACCCUGUGAAGGUAGUGGUUAGUAGGGCAGUAAAGGCUGCUGCGGCUGUUUCUUCCCUUGUCAUUGGGUCAAUUGUUCAUGGAGCUGUAAGCUUAGAGAGAAUGAUAGCUCUAUUUAGGUUAAGGGAAGGCUUGGAUGUCCUUCAUCUGAUUAAGAGUGGGAAAUCCAGCUCAAAUGGAAUUUCUCGUACUAUCGGUGCUUCAAAGGUUGACAACUCUGUAGAAGUAUAUGUACAUUGGUUUAGGGUUCUUCUUGGGAAUUGCAGGACAAUAUCUGAUGGAUUGGUUGCGGAGCUCCUUGGCGAGCCAUAUAUACGAGCUCUUUCAAGGAUGCAGAGAAUGCUUCCUCUUAGCUUGGCGUUCCCACCUGCUUAUUCUAUAUUUGCACUUGUGGUGUGGAAACCUUACAUCCCUGUCAACAACAUUGCUACCCGUGAAGAUGUACACAUAUCUCUAGCAGUAGCCAUAGGUGAUGCUAUCAAACACCAACCAUUCAGAGACGUGUGUCUUCGAGACACGCAUGCAUUCUAUGAGCUUCUGGCUUCUGAUGUAGGUGACUCAGAAUUUGCAGCGGUUCUUGAAUUGCAGAUUCCAGACAAACAUUUGAAAACCCUGGCCGUUAUUCCUCUCCGUGGGAGGCUUUUCUUGAAUGCAGUGCUUGAUUGUAAAAUGCUGCAAGAUGAUGGAACUCGUGCAACUAGCUUGCAAGGCGAACCAAACACACAGCGCAAUGAAAAUGGAAAGAGGCUUCUUGACCAGCUUGUACAUGUUCUGGACACUUUGCAACCGGCAAAGUUUCAUUGGCAGUGGGUUGAGCUGAGGCUUCUCUUAAAUGAACAAGUUCUCAUUGAGAAAAUUGAAGCCUCCAGUAGUACUUCUGUAGUGGAGGCCAUCCGAGCUCUUUCCCCGAGUUCUGACAACUUUGCUCUGUCGGAAAGUGAAAACAAUUUUACUGAGAUCGUCCUGACGAGAUUACUGGUCAGACCCGAUGCUGCUUCACUUUACUCAGAAGUUGUUCAUCUUCUUGGGAGGUCAUUAGAGGAGUCUCUGUUGUUGCACGCAAAAUGGUUCUUAGCUGGUCAUGAUGUGCUCUAUGGACGAAAGUCUAUCAGGCAACGCCUCGUCAACAUUGCUCAGCUUAGAGGUCUAUCAACCAAAGUUCAAUUUUGGAAACCAUGGGGAUGGGCUAGUUACGGUACAGAGCAUUUGCCUGGUAGAAUAAAUAAGAGGAAGUCUGUGGCCACCUCGCUUGAAGAAGGGGAAGUUAUUCAAGAUGGUGUUGAGAGGUUAUCAGGAAAAACAAGUUCUCAAAUUUCCGAUACUGAAGGCUUCAAUUCUAGCCAACAGUAUGUUACUGAGAAAGCUCUUGUAGAAUUGGUUCUCCCAUGCAUAGACCGGAGCUCCAGUGAUUCACAUAAUACAUUUGCAAGCGAAUUGAUCAAGCAGAUGAAUAAUAUUGAGCAACACGUAAAUGCACUUACUCGUGCUGUGAGUAAGCACACUGGCUCUGCGCCUUCCGGAGUUGAAGGCUCUGCAAACAAGAGUAAUAGUCGCAAAAGUAUCAGAGGAGGAAGCCCUGGACUAGGAAGGCGACUAGCAGGAGCGGCAGCCGCAGCAGUAGCUGAUUCUGCACCACCCUCUCCUGCAGCACUGCGGGCGUCUAUAUGGUUGCGGUUGCAGUUCCUCUUGAGACUUCUUCCUAUAAUUUAUGCUGAUAGGGAACCAUCUAGUCGAAAUAUGAGGCAUAUGCUUGCCUCAGUCAUCCUUCGUUUCCUUGGAAGUAGGGUGGUGCAUGCAGAUGCAAUCAUUUCCUUCUAUCCACCUACCACAGAAAGUUCUCACGCACAAGCCAAGUGGGAGAUGGCAGAUUCACCAAUGAUAGAAGCUUCGGCUGCAGCAACCCCAGAUCUCGCUGGUGAAAGUCUUUUUGAGUGGUUUUUGUCCGUCUUUCAUGGGUUACUGGGCAACUGCAAGCCAUGUUGGCUGAAGUCUGAACCAUCCUCCAAGUCAACUAUAAAAUCUGCUAGAGACUCUGUGUUCGAUCGUGAGGCAGUGGAGAGUUUACAGAAUGACUUGGACCGCAUGCAGUUACCAGAGACAAUUCGGUGGCGUCUUCAGUCUGCAAUGCCAGUUCUCCCUCCUUACAUGCCGCACUUCUUUUCUUGCCAGCAACCAGCGGUCUCAUUUACAGCUGUUACUGCGCUUCAGUCUACGAGUAUCUCAUCAUCUCCUUGUGCUGGUGUACUAAACCAAGGAAAUCUAAAUAUAUCAUGCCAGAGGAAUCCUGCUGUUGGUUUGGUGGCUAGGUCCAUUAUUAACAAUACGACAGGGAAGGGAAAGCAGCCACAAUCGGCACUGUUGCAGCAGCUCAAUCAACAAGAGAUGGAAGUGGACCCAUGGACACUGUUAGAAGAUGGGACGAGUUCCUUGCUCAGUGGUCCCACCUUGUCCAAUAGUAGCAGUAGUAGUAAUUACAACAGCAGCAGCAGCAACAUGGUAGUUGCUGCUGGUCUUUUACCUAGUGGUACCUCUGAGCAACCACCAUCAUCAUCUCUAAACAAUCUCAAGGCGUGUAGCUUGCUAAGAGGAGCAGUUAGAGUUAGAAGAACAGAACUCACAUACAUAGGGGCAACUGAUGAUGACAGCUAACUGAACUAGUCUUUGGGUGAGUGAUUAAUCUUCGAGAAUGUCAUCUACUAGUUUGUUUCUUGGUUUGCCACGUCGAAAAUUAUUACCGCUUGGUGUUCCGCUACUUCACGAGGGGCCGGUGAUGGUGGAAGCUGCUUUUAAGGGGAAAGAAGGUUCUUUGUGGUAGGUCGAGGGAAGCGCCUUGACUUACUUGCAAGUUAAUCUUCUCUGAUAGUGGAUGCAGAGCUGGUUAGGAUUUUUUUUAACAGAAUGAGGAUUCAUUAAUUCCCUCCCUUGCCCUACGGAUUGUGUUUUCUUUUUUCAUAUGUAGUGGUGGCGAGGCUGUUGUAUAUAAUGGUAUAUUUUUCCAUUUGUUGUUUGUUGAACUAAGCGUUGUCUGAAAUUGAUCUCUCUGUUUGGUAGUCUUUUUUUUCUUUUCCUAUCAAGUCCCUAAGUGUAACCUGCUACAUAGUACAGAUGAUAUUCAGAAUAUUCGUGUAUGCACUGGAGGGAA